AUGGAGGCUCGGACGAGCGGCAAAGCGCCCCCGACAGGACCGGAUGCGAUCCCUUUUCCGCCUGCAGCACAAGGGCGGUGUAGCGUCCUGCCGGGGGCCGGACAACGCACGCAUCUUCCGUCUCAGGCAGCCUCUGCGUUUGUUCAGGCUGCUGUAUCAGUAGACCAGCCGCGCGGCUCAAAGCAGAUGGUCGCCCAGUGCCUCACUCAGUCUACACAUUUGCGGGAGAUGGCUUCUCAUCUUGGGGGCGGCCGCGUUGCUUGCUCCUUCAACCAGAUGGUUGAUCAGCAGUUUACUUCAACUUGUACGAGCACGUGCUCGACAAGCGUGGCGUUUCCCCACCCCACGUCGAGCACGUCUCUCCGCGCUCUUACAGACUGCACGGAGAAACCCCUUCCAGGAGCACCGCAGCUGUACCCCCAGAGCCAACAGGGGAAAACAGUUCAGCAACUGGAAAGGCUGAUCCGUACGUGCGCGAAUACACAGAAGGGGCCUGUCCCAACAGGCGCAACGGCGCCAGUGAGCGGGACUGGCCUUCCGACCCCGACCCUUCCCUCGGGUGGUGUUCCAGGGGCCCGUCAGGGAGAAGACGCGUUACCGUCGGAGGCGUCAGACUCGCAUUUUGCUGAAUCUGACAUAAAAAGCCGAGCCAUGUUGAAGGCUAAGACGAGUAUGCCUAGUGAAACGGUCGCUCGACCGUCUCCCGACCUUGCCUGCGGGUCUCUUCAAGCUAGCGCGCCGGUUCCGGCCUUGCCUACACCACCGGAAAAUACUCUGAUCAUUUUGGACUAUGAUGACACACUUCUGCCCACCAACUGGGCCGCCGUCCAGAACCGUGUUGGCCUCAAUGAUCCGGUUCCGCCUGAGUUGCUGCCGCCACUGGCAGAACUGAGUGAGCUUGCCAUUCAAACGAUCAAUACCUGUUUAAGCAGGGCGAUGGUCGUGAUUGUCACGAACGCAAGUGUGGAAUGGGUCAACAGAUCUGGAGAGAAGUUUAUCCCUCAGGUCUUGCGACACAUUCAGACGCAGGGAAUCGAAAUUAUUUCUGCUCGUGAUCGCCUUCAAAGCACGGGAAUGCCCCAGCGACAGUGGAAGAUCCAAGUGUUUGAAGAGAUGAUUAACGACGUUUUCGGAGACCGCAUGAGAGAUGGCACCGAGUGUACGAUCAUUUCGAUCGGCGACGGGGAAGGAGAACGUGAAGCUUGUCUGGAGAUGUGCCGAAACCUGGGCGUCAACGAGUGGCUCUUCAAGUCUUUGAAGCUUCUCGCCCAGCCAACGUGCAACCAGCUGAUUUCGGAGCAUAUUCUCAUCCAGCAAGCCUUCCCGGAGAUCCUCAAGGUCCCCCAGUCACUUGACAUGGCCAUUUUGGAUUACAAAAACUGCGGCAGCGAACCCGCGCCCCAACCCACGGUCGCACAGCCGGUGGCGAACGGCUCCAUGCAGCCAGCGGCGCCUCCUUCCAAUCCGAAUGCGUCCCCCCCCACUUUUCCCAGCUUCUCUCGUAGUGCAACAACGCUAGGCAAUCUACAGAGGAAGCCCUCAAUGUACACCGGCGCCGGAGCGGGACCCACGGACAGAGGGGCGGUCGCCAGUUUGAACGCAGGACACGCAGGAGCGGAGAAGGCAAGAAGUGGGGCAUGGAACGGUUCAUCCGCGACGUCCCUGUUCCCGAAGACCGCCGUCUCCGGAGGCAAGGCUGAAUCGUCCGCGAACACCGAUGCGUUUGUUGAUCUCAUCAGCGAUCAACUCAAGUCACAGCACGAGCCAGCAGCCGCGGGCAUACCGGGGGCUGUUUUGCCCCGACGGAAAUCGUCGUUUGCAACCGCCGGAGGGUACACAGAAAAAACCAACAUUCUUCGCCGGUAA